ACUCUCGAGAAGUCAUUGGCUGAGUCAAAGGGGUUGAAUACGAUUAUAAUCAAGUUCCGCAGUUUAAUGCGCGUGCAGCCCGGCGUCUGGGAUCACAGGCUCCCAGUGUGUGGCACCCUUUCGCCGUUAAGGCACGUGCAAACUACCAAGGGAAAUAUAGAUUCGGUCAUCCGUCCCGUCGGUUAUGUUUUGUCACCAAGUGAAAUUUAGUCUGCAGGUGCAUCACCAGCAGUGGCAGUAACAAUGUCGCCGACGUCGAGCGAUUACGUGAGACUGAGCAGCCUGCUUCUCGUCUGGACGGCGACUUGUGCAGCGGAUUUGUGCAACUGGCGAGGAAGUGGGCUCGUGCGGGAGCCCCACUCGCGGACAGUGCAGCAGGUGCGGCUCCGUUGCACCGAGGGUGCCGUGGAAUGGGUCUACCCAAGCCAGGCGUUGCGGGUCGUCCUGGAGCCCAACCUGUCCUCCACGCGACACACAACCAUCUGCAUCAAGCCGUUCCGCAGCUUCCGCGGCGCCAGUGUGUACAUCGAGCGCGCGGGAGAGCUCAACCUGUUGAUGACGGAGGGCGGGCGGCCCGAGCAGGUGCACUGCUUUCGCACCGAGGGGCGGCAGACGCCGGCCAUAUUCCUCCAGGCCAGCCCCCAAAGGGACAUCAGCCGGCGCACAGUGGGCUUCCGCUACGAGCUGCUGGGAAACCAGAGCACGUCGCCUGACUUUCGCGACACCGUUCUACAAGCCCUGUGCCGGCCCUGUAAUGACAUGGAGCUUCUCCUGGCCGUCUGCAGCAGUGACUUCGUGGUUCGAGGCUUCAUCAGGAACGUGUCCCACGAUUCCGAGCGGCAGACGUCGCUGGUGUACGUUUCCGCGGGGAGGGUGUAUCGGCAGCGCAGCGGGGUGUUCGAGCAUGGGGCGGGGGCCGCGGGGGCCUGGCGGGGGCCCAUCCGGACGCUGCUGCAGUGCCAGGCCAGGGCGGGGCCCGGCGACUUCCUGUUCACGGGCACGGAGCAUUUCGGCGAAGCCUGGCUGGGGUGCGCCCCGCGGUACAAGGACUUCCUGUCCGUGUACCGAGCGGCCCGGCGGGACCGGCGCAACCCCUGCGAGUUCCCCCUGGACUGAGCCGGGCU